UCUCUCUCUCUGUCUCUCUCUCCCAGGCGUAUGAGUGGGCUCUGGAGGGCAUGCGUCACCUGGCUUGCGUCAGCAUGGAGGACUGCUCUCAGCCCAACAAGUGCCAGGGUGUGAUUGGCUGCCUGGAGGGUUACGGGCGCCAGCACCCCCCCAUCCCGGACGUCCGCUUCCAGGAGAUGAAGGAGCUGGCUGGGGAGCUGAAGAACGAGCAGGGCCUCAGGCAGUGGAAGUUCGCUUGGUCCAAAUGCCAGGAGACCCGUCAGAUGUUUGAGAAGAAGCUGGAGGUGGCGCUGAGGACGCGGCGAGGCGUACCGGACAGCGGGGCCGCUGCAAAGGCGUCCGGCGAUGGCCUGGCCACGCCCAGACGCCACUCGGAGGGUCAGGGAGCGCGCGGUGGCGGCGGCCACGAGAGGAGCUCCAGCUUGUCUCUCUCCUGCCGCAAGGCGUUCUCGGGCGUGUGGAGCGCCGGCCGCGAGAGGCUGUCCUCCACCUCUAGCUCCGCCUCCUCGUCGUGCGCCCCCAGACCUGAGGCCUCUUGGGGUGGGGACUGUGGCUCCACCCCCUCCAUAAACUCCUCCCCCUACGUCUUGGAGCCCCGCCUCCCCCCGCACACGCCCCUCUCCCCCCCGCACCACAACCCCCGCCUCACGCGCAGCGCCUCGUCCGAUGAGUCGUCCCACCGCAGCCGUCUGGAGGCCCAGGCCCGCGCCUCCUCCUGCUCCUUCACCCCCACCCUGCCCCCCCUCGACUCCGACUCCGCCCCCAGCGCCACCCCCGCCAGCCGCCGCCAGCUGCUCCGCAAGACCCAGAGCUUUGACUGCCCGGCCACGCCCGAGGGCGCCCGCUACGGCACGUGCCAGAGGACGCUGAGCGAGCCUGCGCGCCGCGGCAACACGGGGGUGUUCAUCAAGGGGCUGGAGGUCAGCAGCACGGAGGUGGCCGAGCGACCCUACAGCCCCAGGCUGGCUGCUCACGGCUGGGCCGCCCCUGCCGGGGAGGGCCUGCGGACCCCCGGAGCCUCCAGCAGCCCCGUGGCCGAGCCUCGUGUUAAAGGAAGCAGCAAGCUGCGCCACAUCGUGGAUGAGAUGGUGAGUACGGAGAGAGAGUACGUGCGCUCGCUGCGCUACAUCAUCGAGCACUACUUCCCUGAGAUGGAGCGGCCCGACCUGCCGCAGGACCUGCGGGGGAAACGCUCCGUGAUCUUCGGGAACCUGGAGAAGCUGGUGGACUUCCACAGCCAGUUCUUCCUCAAGGAGCUGGAGAGCUGUUGCAACCACCCGCUCCGCGUGUCCCACUGUUUCCUGCGCCACCAAGACCAGUUUGGCCUGUACGCUCUGUACAGCAAGAACAAGCCCAAGUCUGACACUCUGCUGGCCAGCCACGGAAACAGCUUCUUCAGAAACAAGCAGCUGGAGCUGGGGGACAAGAUGGACCUGGCCUCCUACCUGCUGAAGCCCAUCCAGAGGAUGAGCAAGUACGCUCUGCUGCUCAAGGACCUGAUCAAGGAGGUGAGCGAGGCCCAGGACACGGAGCUGGCCUACCUGAGGGCUGCCGCUGAGAUGGUCAAGUUCCAGCUGCGCCACGGCAACGACCUGCUGGCCAUGGACGCCAUCCGGGACUGUGACGUGAACCUGAAGGAGCAGGGCCAGCUGGUGAGGCAGGGGGAAUUCACCGUGUGGUACGGGAGGAAAAAGUGCCAACGCCACGUGUUCCUGCUGCAGGACCUGGUGCUGUUCAGCAAGCCCAAACGCAUUGAGGGCGGCCUGGACGUCUACAUCUACAAACACUCCUUCAAGACGGCAGACGUGGGCAUGACGGAGACGUCUGGAGACAGCGGGCUGCGCUUCGAGGUCUGGUUCAGACGCAGGACCUCCAAGAACCAGACCUACAUCCUGCAGGCGGCCAAUCAGGACAUCAAGCACGCCUGGACCUCUGACAUCACCAGCAUCCUCUGGCAGCAGGCCAACAGGAACAAAGAAAUCCGCAUGCAGGAGAUGGUUUCCAUGGGCGUGGGCAACAAGCCCUUCCUGGACAUCAAGCCUAGCGACGCUGCCAUCAACGACAGAGCCAUCGACUACAUCAUGAAGGGCAGAGGGGCCAGGACGAGAGCCUCCAUCGCCGUCUCCCUCUUCGACCACUCCAACCCCUUCAAGCGGGCCUCGGGGAACAGCUCUGGAGCCGGUGCACCCGCGGCCUCGGGCCCCUCGUCAUGCAGCCUCCUGGGCCCCCUCAACCUGCACAUGUACAGCAACCAGGCCCUGCUGCCGGCCUCGGCCGAGAGGCCCUUCAUCUCCCCCUGCAUCGAGGAGGACGAGCUGGAGAAUGAGACCAGCAGUCAGCCCUCCAUGACCACAGAGAGCUCAGGCUCAUCCUCUCACUGUCUCUCAGGCAGUGGUGGUUCCAGUGGAUCAGACAGCGGCUGUGUGUCCAGCCACCUGCCCGAGGCCCUGUCCGAGGAGCCCAGCUCCCCCUGUGAGCCCUCCUCCUCCUGCUACUCCCCCUCCGCCGCCUCGCCCGCUGCCGCCACCGACAAGCCCCGCUUCAACAGCCAGUACAUUUCAGCCAAAGCAGCUCAAAUCAUAGGGCCAUCCACUAUAGUGUGAUCCCUGUAACCCUGCUUUGAGUUUGAUACUUGGCUAUCACCAUCAAGACAAGACCAUGUGAGAUGAUGGAGGGAUUGACGGAUGGAAGAUUGUUUUAUUGAUCCUCGCCUGCUUUCACCGUCAAGACAAAAACCCAGAGAAAAGAUGGACGGGGUUUCUCGUGGUCAUUCUCAGCGCCAGCAAAUCUCAUCAUCACUCACCAACACCAGCUGGGACGUAGCACUGUUUUUUAAAAAGCCACUUUUGAGCAUAGCUUUUAUAUUGUGUAAAAAAAAAAAAAAAAAAAGUUGAUUUAAAUAUCCUUAUAUUUAUCCUCUUUUUUUCCUGGUGCAGUAGUUCUCUGUACUAUAUUGGUAACUGUAAAUAAUUCUUGUUCUAGUUUACAACGCGGUUAUAAACUGCUCCUGUGUUUUCUCAUAGACCACUUUAGCUGCAGACUGCAAUUGAAAAUGGCAGAUAGCGGAAGGUAUCUGAGGCAGGACUGUGGACUACUCUUCAUAAGCAUAGACGCCUUUUUAUUUUUCAUUUUAUAAAAGGCUGUGUUUUAAAAGGACCCUUCUGACUUCAGCGUCUGUUCCUCUGUUCUUUGAUUGACCCGGGGUCAAGGGUCAAGAUCUUUCCUCACGGUCGUUUGGUUUUAAGAGUUUCGUUCCUUCGUCUCGACCGAGUUCGUUUAUUUUUUUUCCGCUUCCACUUCCGUAGUGCCUGCAUCUCGUGGAUGGUGUGGUGUGUUUCGUCUCCAUGCCCGGCUCAGCUGCUCACCUGAGAGGGGCUGGAAAACGGAACAGCCUGGGAUGGAGAGAGAGAGAAGGAGAGAGAGAGAAGGAGAGAGAGAGAGGCAGAGAGAGAGGGAUAUAGAUAAAUAAGAGCUAAUGCAACUUUUUCCAUGUUCAUAUUUUCUGAGAAAAAAAAAGAUGGCAUUAAGAAAGAACACCAAAAUGUACAUUGUCUGUAAAUAUUAGCCCGUAGGAGAAUAAGAUUGUGAUAACUUUGUACAUGUAUGUAUUAACCAGCGAAAAAGCAGGGAAUCACUGAAGUGCCAUUCUCAAAUCGACAAAACACACAAAAGAAAAUGUUAAUCACAUUUCCACUCGUAGCUGGAGCAUGAAUGUGUACUUAAGUGUCAUAUUUCUUAAUCCUAACAAGUUCACACGUAUUUAAUAAAGAUGGGUUGCUUUGUAUCCAG